AUGGAAGAGUCAGAUAAUGAAUAUUGGGAAACCUCGUCUAGCGAAAGUAUUGACUUGUCCCCAAUUGUUUUACCGAACAGUGGCGUUCUGCAAGCGAUCGAAUUGAUAUUGGGCCAACGCAAUGAACCGGUUGGCAGAAAGGCAAAGAUCAAAGCCACUUAUCAGGAUAGGAGAUCGAUGCGCGUAGACAGUCUGUGCACCAACAAACGGCAUUUGCAAAAUUUUAGUAGUCGCCCUUCAAACAGGACACUAAAGGGGAACAGUUUGAGACCGGUAUUUAACCAAAUGCGACUCUGUCUGUUAGCUGGUGACUGGGAUAGCUACAAAGAAUUGCUGUCGGUAGCCCUCAGUUCGCCCAACAUUGCGAACGAUUACAUUUUGUUGGCUGUCCGAUCGUCUUUCAUACUGCUGUUGAACCACCCACACCGUACGUCGGAAAUGAUUGAUAAUUUCAUCGCAUCUUGUUUGGGCAUUAACGAAGUGUCCAAAAGAAAAUCAUAUUUACAAGCAUGUUUUUCACUCAAAUUUAAACCAACCUGUACAGAGAAGAAAGAUAUUGUCAAUGAAGAAAUUGAAGAGGAAGAAGAAGAAAUUUUUUUUAAUUCCGAUUUCAGUUCCGAUUAA